AUGAACGUGAAGUCCGCGUGGGAAGACGGUUUUACAGGCAAAGAAGUUCUUGUGGCUGUGGUGGACGACGGAGUCAACAUGAACCAUCCUAACUUAAGACUCAACUUCGUAAGUCCCUCUGUUUGAUGAUAAUACCAUACUGACGCCAAUGACAACAGAUUGCACCGAAUUUUUACUUUGCUGCACUGUGUAGACUAAGGGCCUGUUUACAUGGAGGUGGGGGACCCCAGGUAGGUGAGGUAACCCGCUUAGGUGGGGUAACCCGCCUGUCCAUAUAAUCUCUCAUUUUCAUUUGAUCACGUUUACAUGAUAGGUGGGGUGACCCGCCAAGGCGGGUAGCCCGGUCUACCAGACCGGGUUACCCUCUCAGCCGGGGUCACAAUUUGUCAUGUAAACGUUUCAAGGUGGGGUAACCCGCCUGGCCGGGGUCGGAUUCGUGAUACAUUAAAUUCGCGCAAAAUUCACUUUCGCGGUGUCUUUGCAUUAUGAUUAAAGUUAACAAUAGAAAGCUAUUGCACUGACGGGUUGCAGCAAGAGCAACAAGAGAGUGAGUGUUUGCCCGCAUUUUUCUUGUUUACGUGCUUAGCGACCAUUCAAUAAUCUUGAGAAAGUGCACCCCGGGAAGGCGGGGUUGUAAGAUUGCAUGUAAAGGAGGGUUAUUUUUUUACCUCACCUAAGCGGGUUACCUCACCUACCUGGGGUCCCCCACCUCCAUGUAAACAGGCCCUAAGAACCGACAGGAGGCCAUGGGCUCCUGUAACCGACAAUAAGUACAUGUGAAUAACCACUUAUCUCACAUUUCAUGAAAUUAAUAGUACCGCCCUGGAAGCAAGCGACAGAUCCCGCGAUUGCGUAACCGUGGCCAAAAAAUGGAAUUUUGCUUUUUGCGCCGUCAGCAUAGAGAACUCGCCGGCGCUUGCGUUAGAUUUUAUUUAUUUGACAUUAACGAAAGGGCACUUUUUCUCCGAUAGCUUUGUUAAAGACAAAAGAGAGAAUGUAGGCAAAGAGCAACAUUACUUGUACACCUAGAUCACUGCAAGAGAAUGUUUUAGCUCACAUAUGAUCUAUCGACAACAACAACAACAAGAACAACAAGAAAAACAACAAUAAGAUCUCUCACAUGGAAAGGCUUCCAAAUGAAAUUCUAAGCAAAAUCACUUACAGGUCGUAAUUUCUUCAAAAGAUUCGAGGCCUAACCACAGAUGUCAUGUUUACAAUCGACUGCGCAAUGCCGGUUAAUACUCGUUUUUGUGAUUUUACCUCAGAUUCUGCCGCGUAUUUACUUCCCCAGUAGCGGUAUAGCGGGAAAUGUCAGCGUUAAAAAAAUCCGAAGAAUUUUUGGGCCUUCAAGUAGUAUUGUGCUUGAAUGACGGCGAAUAAUCUCAAAUCAAAAAUGGGCGAAUACUUGACUGGUACUGCGUCAUAUAGGUCUUUGAUGGUUUAUCAUCAUGGACAUAUUUUGUCGAAACAAGUAACAUACUUCAAAGCUCUAGGCAGAGGCACCUCAAUAUUUAGCUAGUAUCGGAGUGAAAGAACUUGUGGCAACAAAAGGCGAAAAAUGCCUUAACUUACAUAGAAGAAUCAUUGUACUUAAGAAUUGCUUUUCGUGUUUGCAUUUUUUAUACUUUUUGCUACGUUAGCUGAGCCACACUUUCCGAUGUCGCAUUUUCUGAUUAUUACGAAUAGGAUUCUUUUUCAUGUCGGUUCCAGCGCAUUCAAAAUUUCCACAAAAUUAGUAGUCGUUGUGGUACAAUGACGUGGGCAAGUGAUAUGCAAUGUUUUCAAGAAAGUUUUAGUUCGAUAUUAAUAUUCAUAAUAACGAUAAGGUGGAUGAUGAUGAUGAUGAUGAUAAUGAUUGUCUGAUUAUGAGAAUGAUUGUAGCACCGUGUUGUGCUCUGAGUUUGUGUUUUUUGGUUUUAUGAAAUAUUACUAUAGUACUUAUUCAUGGAAAUAAACACUAAUAUAUAGAUUUAGCCAGGGCUAAAAGCGAAGCUCCCGUUAAUAAAUUCAUAAUUUAAAUCAAACAAUAAACUUGUAAUCCGCAGAUCAGGGCACAUUCAUUUGACGUUUGAGGCAAAGGCUAAGUGAUUUUAGAGAAAAAUAAUUUGACAGUCCAAGAGUGAAACAGCUUUUACAUCGAGUUAUUAAAUAAUCUUAUUUGUACACCCAAAAAUAGCAAUCAUGUUCGAUCACAGUAGAUUAGGCCUGGAAAACAAAUAGACCUACCUAUUCGUGUAUUGUAUUUGCAUUAGCUGUUGAAUCAUAAUGUGGCAUUCACCACUCUCUCCAACAUUGCUCCGUUUGAGAGACUAUGGAUAAUUGGACAACCCCGAAAUAUAAUUUUAAGAAACACAGGCGCCACGAUAGUCCUUGGUGGCAGCCAAUUUACACGUUGCAUUCCUCUGUCUAAAAGAGAGGCCAAAAUAAAAAAUCAGGCCGGAUUUUUUGUGUUCGACAAGUUUAGUUUACUAGUAAAUCUUGGCGACGAAUCUGGUGGAGUGUAAACCAGCCUUUUAAACAUACUUUUUCUCAUCACGUCUCAGGUAAACAGUACUAUGAGGCCCUUGUUUUUAUCAUACAGACCUCGGACAGAAUUUGUUCUUUUUUGCCCUAUUUAAACCUAUAAUUCUGCAGUUUUUCACAAUUUUGCAAGAGAAUUUGCACUCAUUCAAUAUCCACGACGAUCAAAGCACGCGCUUCCUUUGCACAACAAAUUAUAGCAUUGAAUUAUAAAACGUUUUCAUGAAGAGAAUUCUAUAAUGCCAGGACUUUCAGUUAGAAAAAUCUGGUCCUAUGUGAUAUGCAGGGUAAAAUGGGCUUUUAAUGAAAACGAUAAAAAAAUUCCCAAAAUCACCUUUUCGGCCAGCCGGACGGGGCUCACUUUUGACAGGCACUAAAUUUUCAGUGCGAUUAAUAGAGUUACCAUUUACGCUUCAACAUGAUAGAUAAAUUGUAUGUUUAGGUUUUAUUUCCCUUUAUUUAUUAAACUGCGGACGGUUUUGUUAUGUGUAAUCUUUAAAAGCGAGUGAUAUUUACGCGCGGCGUUUUGAGUAUUCCUGCAUGAGAUGUUUAUGUUCGACUGGAUACAACCGGUGCAGCGAUAAAAAUUGCGAGAGGGACUACUAACAAUCAAUAAAAUAAAUAUAAUUCGGUGAAACAUGUACAGAGACAAUAAUUUUCAUUCACGAAGAGAAGUAUUGAGAGUAAAGUGUCUUUGAAAAUCAUGAGUCAGGUAAGCAUAAGCUUAUUUAUGUUUUAAGCCGGCUUCCCGGUGUUUGCUCUUUUUCAAGAUGAACUCGAGGCAAGAAAAUCGCUCAGGGCUUUCUUUUUACAGUCAAAAUCAUAAGUAAAUAAUCUUCGGAACAUUUUCUUUGAAUUUGAGGUCAAAAAAUGUACCUGAUACUAUUGUAGGUUAGAUCAUUGCUCGUAUAUAAACUUAAGCCUCAUAAACCAUACGCUCGACUUCAGGAAACCGAAAAAAAAAAACACAUCAAAGACAACAAUUUCUCAGGCUUACCAGUCGAGAUGCUGCUUCUGAAGGUCAUCAAGUGUUCCAGAAUUUUCAACCCUCUUACGCCUCAAGCAAGGGCAAGUGAGUAGGCUCAUUUUUGAAAACGAUGCCAUCCGAAAUCGGAUUUCCAAUGACUUUGACAAGCGGUGCAUUUGUCAACAAAGAGCGCAAUAAACAAACCAGCCAUGAAUUACAGAACAAUCUUGAUAGCAGCUGUAUUUCAUUUUGUAAACCAAGUAGAAACAGCCAGUUUAAAACAUCACAAGAUGACACAAAACUCUGUAAGCUCCAGCUAUCAGUAAGCAAGUUUCCAGACGCUGCAUAAAUUUUCCGCAUGAACUCACCUGUCAAAUUUUGACCAAUCAGAACAUAAAAAUUGAACGUAGAGCGUGAUCAACGCGUGACAGUGAGAAAAGUCAAAAGUGAUUGCCUUCCCCGCAUGUAAAUGUAAAAGCCGGUUGAAUUUUCGCGUCCGAGGUCAGUUCGAAAUCAACAUUUUAAAAGUGCGGCUCAUGAACUCGACUUAUUUCAUAUGCUUUAAAAAAAAUUGAACUUGAGCCUGCGAUAAUUGAAAAGUAGCAACCUGUCAGCGGAUACGUUAAAAACACUCGAACUCAGUGGGUCGAUACCUGAGCCCGCGAUAGGGUCAGGCGAUACUGGUCAGCAGUAACACUAUUUUGACUGCUGUCAAUUAAUCAAAACAUGGAUGUACAAUAUCAGGUUGCAGGCUCCCAAACUAGCUAGAAAGUGUGAGAUUAAACAUUGGUAUACCUGUGGUGCGGACGGACGGAAGGUCGGGUGGUCGGUGUACGGUCACGUGAUUGCCGAAUUUUCUAAGAUGGAUCGAUUUUCUAAGCUAUGGGACUUCGAAUUGAGCCCGUGAUCAAAUAAAAUAUCAGCGCAAAACUUUAAACUCUACGUGACCUCAAUGGAUAGGCUAAUGAGCCCGCGAUACACUCAGAUGAUGAUGGUCAGCGUAUACUCUAGUUUGACAGCUGUCAAUUAACCUUCAUUACAAUGGCGAGUAUUCGAAUUAACAGACUACCAGUGUGAGUAAGACAUCUCCGUCCGGCAUAUAGUGGAAAAUGCCAGAUCGUGUACCUGAGCGAACCUGAGCCCACGUUAUUAGUUUUCUAAUAGUGGUCUGCACAUGUCCCAUUUUGACAGCUGUCAAUUGACCUUAAUUUGCCUUGCCAAUAUAUCUUUAAACGACUGUCAGCCAACUGACAGCCUUGCCCGGCGUAGUUUUGUUUUUAUGUUGAAUUGGUAAGUGUGACAUAUUAUAUCCGCUUAUAUGUAGGGGCAAGACGACUGGUCUUUCAUCUGAGCCCGCGAGAUAGUCAUGUGAUAAUUGUCAGCGGAUGCCUAAUUUUGACAGCUGUCAAUCUAAUCGUACUCAUACGGAUGGCUUACAUAACUAAGAGGCGAGUCAAGUUGUGCAAGAUCCUUUGUGACAUUUGACAUCGGCUUACAUGAAGCGUGUGUACGGGUGGGCGGGCGGGCGGGCGGGCGGGCGUACGCUAUGUCAUAACCAAAUUUUCGCAGAUGGAUAGUUUACCAAAUUUUCUUACCCAUGGUGCUCCGCUCUUGUUGUCGAUGAUGAUACUUAUUAUUGGGUUUACUUUCCCUCCGACCAUCCAUGUCAAGGUUAUUACAAAGUGCGACAGCUUAUAUGUAAAUUUUAUUACGUCAACUUUUUUUUAUUACAAAGUGCGACAGAACACACAUAUGCAUGAGAUCUUCACUGGCUUCCUGUUGAGGAGAAAAUUGUUUUUAAAAUAAAUUUAAUAACUUUUAAAACAUUGAAUGGCUCCGUUCCCCGUUAUCUUGAAGAUAUUUUAAAAUUUUACCAUUAAUCAAGGACAUUACGGUCAUCAAGGGAUCAUUUACGCCUUGAAGAACCGAAUUUUAACAUGAAAACUUAUGGCCAGCGAGCGUUUUCCGUUGCUGCCCCCCGAGUAUGGAACAAGCUCCCCUUUGAAAUUCGCGCUUGUUCUGAUGUUAAUCUUUUUAAAUCUAAGUUGAAAAUGUUUCUUUUUUAAAAGGUAUAUGACAUUUAGUUUCAUCAUAUUUUUUUUUGUUUUCUUUCCUUUUUAAGAUGUGUAUGCUAUAACUUUCCCAAUAUAUACAGUAGGGUUAUAUGUAAGCUUGUGAUUAAUGAUAUUCUUAUGUCCUUUUUUACAUUGUAAAGCGCUUAGAACAGCGAUGUAUAAGCGCUAUAUAAAUUCCAUUAUUAUUAUUAUUAUUAUUAUUAUAUUAAUAUUAUAUUAUCUAUUAUUGUUUCGUGCCUUUAUGGCACUUUGCACUUGGUACUUUCAAAAUUUUUGAGAGUUUUCAAACGUGAGGCGCUUUAGGGUUAAUUAGAAAUGCCAUACUCGUGCAUAUCGUGUUUUGCGAAAUGUUAUGUAGAUCAAAGUAUAUACUGCAUGCAAUCGCAUGGGGGGAGGGUCGUAAACUUGGACGCUAUGUUAUAGGCUGGCGUUAAAAAAGAGAAAUAUAUCAAAACAGAGUUAAUAACUGCUGCAUACGGUUAGUUCUUUUAUGACAUAGAGAGCAAAAUUGCUCGCUCUUUCUCUCUCUCUCAUUCUCCAACGAAGAAAGCAGUUUUUGAGUGGGUGUAACUGGAAGCUGGAAGCCAAGUAUCUCCUGAUACAUGGCAUGUAAAGGACUCGCAACAAAGUUAAUGAACAUACACUCUUUCGAGCCUUUAAAUAGCUUUCAAUGUUUGCUCCAAAUCAAAACUUUUUCAGUCAACAUUUUGCAUUAAAAACAAAUGUUGGUCAUUCAUCCACCCCAUGUUGUGCAUGAAAAAUACAAUGUUGGAAGAAACGUUUGAUCAUUAAGCCGAAGGGAAGUCUAACACAUUUUAGGUAUACUUACACUCUACUUAGCUUGGCCAAAGAAGGACUGUAAUUUUCACUGAAGCAUAAAGUCAUAGUAUACUUAAAAAUGCCACUUCAAUUUUACUCAGGGGUUUCAUUAGAAGCCGGGUUAACCUGGGUACCAACAUAAAAGCCGAGUUUCAGAAAAACUACCGCAUUUAGGAGAUUGACUAAUUAUUUUUCCAGCAACAUGGACAUCAGAGACUAGCAUUAUUUCACCCAAAUAAUCUACCUUGAAAUUCACUGGAGGGAAAGAUCUUCGCCUAGUGAACUCUUCAUACUCGAUAAAGAAGACCUGGUUUUUCAUGACAUGUAUGACAGACGAUCCAUCUCAGAGAACAGUUACAACGGAGAUGGACGCACGUUUGUUCCGUUGAUCCCAGUUCUGCAAUCCUGAACACCGCCUGAAAUUUGAUAAAGAAAGGAUGCUAUUUUAGCCAGCCUUUGCGAUCGUCUAUUUAAUGAAUUAAAUUUACAAUCGAUUUGCAUUCAGCAUCUUCCUGUGUAUGGAGCGUUUUCAGUGGACAUCAAUUCCGCCAUAUUGGUUUCCUGAAACAAUGAAACGGCGGGCAUGUUGGUGUCCUAAACCAAUCCUGUGAGACUUGAACUUUUUCUUAUUUAAAAGUUUUCUUUCUUUGAUAAAUUUUCAUAGAUGCUGGCCACGUGAGUGAAACGGCUAUAUAGGAUAACAUUAUUCACCCCAAAUUUUGUUACAAUCACGUUUGUAAACAAGUGUCGCAACUUCCUCCCUAAACUCCCCAACAAAACUAAUCUAAAAACCAAGGCUAUUUAGCUAGUAAAUAUACAUAAACAAAAAGAGUUACCCCACUGAAAUAAAUGUUUCUAUCUUACAUAAAGCAAACUUGUUUCAAGCAUAAUAUAAAGGCAUGUUGUUGCAAUUGGUCAGUGCAUGCGGAAGAAACGUUAAAGGUGGAUAAGAGCAAGUACAAUUUUUUGUAGCGUUUUAGAAAAACUGUACCAUUCCUCUAUAGGGAGAUCGCUUCGCAAAAAUAUUUUUCGUCGCCUCUCAUGUCAGAAAAUGGCAAACGGAAAUGCAUUUAGCUCCAAGAAAAUGACACAUUAUCCCUUACAACUUACGUCUCUUUGCAGCAUCAAUUCAUCGAAUCCAAAAUCUGCACCAUUUUCCUCUGUAGCAUUCCUCUUCAACGUCUUAGGAUUCAUCUCGUCCAGAAGGAACACCUUAGGCGGGUUUGCAUUCUGAUUGUCAAUGUACAAUCGUCUGAAUAAACGAUCCCCUCUCACUUCCUCCACGUACACAGUUCCAGAUCCACCGUGUUGUACCCCUGAUGACACUCCUCCCAAAGCAUAAAAACAACCUCUAUACUCAUCUUUGAUAGUCACGUGAACUGCUCUCCCUCCACCUGAGCCGCUUCCACCGGUUGCAGAAUUGAAGGUGUUACCAGUCCCUUCGCGAGCAAAUAUAGAGCCAUGGCCACGAAGGUAGCCUGUUGUGAUCCAGACACUUCCACCACUUCCACCUCCACUUCCUUAAACAAGUUAAUAAUGAAUGACUGAACAUUUGAAAGAAGGCAAAGAAUAUGUUCCAGGAAUGCAAAAAAACCCAGACAAUUCCAAAUUUUUUGAAAUCAUUCCGGAAUAAAUAUGGGAUGGACUAUAGGAUUCUGUUAAACUCUUUUCUUAAAUUUUUAUUUGUCGCCUAACUGCUAAAAAAGAAAGUUUCAUCUUCCAUUCCUUCUUUAGAGUCCCAUCUCUCGUAUGAACAUCCAAAUUUAAAUUACCAACAGUUGGAAACCACUUUUUCUGUUUUCAUUAAGGUGUUAUCUUACUUAGUCAGACAAAUAAUAAAUUCACACGAGGCAGUGGUUUCCUAGGACGUGAUGCGUUAUCAUAUGUUGAUUUAUAUAUUUGUACUUUUUUUUAUUGUUGGGCACUGUUCUGCACUGCACUAGCUGGUUUGGAGUAUUUCCUGUCGUGAAUUGGUUAGAAUCAACUUUCGCAUAACUUUCUAGAAUCAUCUCCGCUCGUAGAAAUCCCGACAUGACUAUUCAGACCCUGUGUUAGUGUCGGAGUGAAGAAAGUUUCAACAGUGUAUGGCAAAUAGCAUCAGCAAUGGAUCUGAAAAUGAAGAAGUGGCUGACCAAUUCUCAGUUUGAAUUACGAGAAGCCAGGAAACUCAGACAAACGCCAUCGAGCCGCCUUCAAGCCCUUGUAGGUGAACACGCGCAAAGACAAACGCAGCUGACACUGGAAUCGUACCACCGUAUAGCCUGCGUCUGAGACGUAUAAUUUAAUCUCCAUUAGUAACGUCUGCGAAGCAGCGCCGAUAUCCAUGUUCUGGCCCCCAACGGACUCAACGAAUUACAGGAAGUGCGUUUCAAAUUUCAUUUCGUCCGGAUUGGCAAAUUGACAAUGUCUUUUUAAAAGGCCAACCAUGGCGGGUACUCAAAUCCUGGUACACAAGUGGAGGCCCAGGGCUGUUUCGCACACGGACUUAACCAGAGUUUAGUUUCGUCUGUGGCGUAGGCUAACCACCGUAUUAACAUUUACUAUAUGCGUCCAUCGACAAGGUGCUGUCCGAGCUUGAGCUCAGGUUUAGCGGAAAUGAUCAGGAAAUACUCUGUGCUUUGUGAAACAUCUAUCACAGUGAAACACCUGAUAAAGAAAGCUUCUCUUGUGUUGCUAAAUUUUCAAAAUCGACGGCGAGGUUCUCGAAGCUGAGCAGAAAUUUUUCGUGGAGUGCGCGGAUGAGGCAAUAUGACUGUUCCAGAAAUGCUGGAGACAAUGCACGAGAAUGAUCUAUUUGCCAUAUUUUCAGUGUUUUCUAAAGUGGUACAUAUCUUGAAGUGAAUCGAUCCCGGGAUGUAGAAUAGCAGAUAGCGUCAGAUAGCGUCAGAUAACAGAAAGAUGGAGCGAGUACAAGAGUGAGCGUUAAGAGCCGUCUACUGCGAUACGAGAAGUUCAUACGACGAGCUCUUGAGAAAAGCUAAACUCACGACACUAGGCUGUCGCCGAUUGCAGGAUAUAGCCAUAAUUAUGUAUAAGGCAAAGUACAAUAUAUGCCCUCCGUACAUAAAGGCCAUUUUAAGCUAGAUAAACCUCGCUACGGGCUCAGAAAUUCUGGUGACUUUUUUAUUCCUCGAUACAACUGGGCCCAGUAAUAUGGUCUAAACUAAGCAAGGAUGUAAAAAACGCAGAAUCAAUUUACAGCUUUAAAAAGAAAAUUCGUAAGGUAGAUCUUGAACAAGUAAUCACAGAGGGCUGUAAAAACUGCUUUCUAUGUUGUACAUAAAUGACAUUUUCUAGACAAAAAGGACACCUCUUAAUCAAUAAGUAUUAUUUUAUAUGAUAAAUCCGAAUACGUUUUAUCGACAUUUUUUGUAGGAUGUAUAUUUUUGUAAGUUUUAUUCUUUGUAAAUAUUUUUUUUAUAUUAAUUAGUUAGAGCUGAUAGUAUUUUAAUUUAGUGUCCUCUAUUAGUAGGCCUUACAUGACCAGCUAAAAGACCUGACACUGAAAUAAAGUUUAUCAUCAUCAUCAUCAUCAUCAAUCAAGGGCAUCUCAGAGGCCAUCACACUUAUAACUAUUAUAAGCCGUGAAACAUGUUAGGCUAUCACUGCCUUUUCAGGGGUCGUGAGACGUAUCAGUCUGAAAUAUCAUUGUACACUUAAUGGUUCAUUAAAAUAACCCGGUAGGAAUUUCAUGGGCAUUUCAUGACUUACCCCGGUAAUUAAACACCAUGAAAUCUCGGGGUUUUUUGCCAUUUCUUUCGUAAACUGUCCCGCAUUUUUCUUCAACAGAACCUAAGGGCAAGCUAUGACGUUUUGGAGGACCGAAAAAUAAGUGGAUCCCAUAGUCCUGGAAGGUACGUAAUAACCGUAUCUUUUCAAAUCUUCCGCAAUUAACUAUAGAUAACUAGCUAUCUCGCAAAACCUCGUAAAACAAACUUUCGAGUUCACAUCAGUACAAACACAGUUGGCAGAUGGGAAUGCACUUUAGUGGCUAUUGUCCUUGUAGAGAGGUUUACACAAGAGAAAAUGUAUGGACUGUCCGCCGGGACAAAAUAAGUGUGUGCCGUUAGUGCAAGUUAGACUGUACAAUAUUGGAGGAAAAUGUUUGAUCAUUAGCCGAAGGGACGUUUAACACAUUUUAGGUAUACUUACACUCUACUUAGCUUGGGCAAAGAAGGACUGUAAUUUUCACUGAAGCAUAAAAUCAAAGUAUACUUAAAAAUGCUACUACAAUUUUACUCAGGGGUUUCAUUAGAAGCCGGGUUGACCUGGGUACCGACAUAAAAGCCGAGUUUCAGCCAAGACUACCGCAUUUAUUUUAUUCAGUGGCCAACCUCGAGUUAGCAGCCACUUAUAAGCGCCCACUCUGUAGGUAGGAAAAUUGGUGAGCCACUCUCCCCCCUCAAAGAAAAACGGAAGUGCACAUGAAGAGUAUUUUCUCAUUAUUAACUGUUUUACUGGCUUACAAGUCUGAAUUCAUUGUCAGACAGUCUCUUCCUUUGAGAGUUCGACAUGGAGAUUGAAAUUGACUCGUCACUACUACAGGGUGUCCCAAAAGUUGGUUCCUCUACUUUAUAAGUCUGUAUUUCAGUACGAUUGGACUUGGGUAAGCAAAUCAUUUCAACAAAAGUUGUGUCUUUCAAUAUAAUUCACUAUUUUCAUACUUGUUGUGCCAUCUUGUGACUUGAAUAAUCGAUUUGUGCACUUCCGCGCCAAAGGUGCGCGUGCGCGAGUAUAUUUUCCAGCCACGUAUUUCAUAGCCCGAAUUGUUCGAACUCCUUCCUUGUUUUUUUGUGAAUAUCACGAAAGAUAAACCCCCUUAACGCAAAAACGUUCAGCUACGUGAGAGCAUAAGCCUGUAUACUCCUGUAUACUUAUCUGUUGUAGAAAUUGCUAAAUAACUGGAAAAAUCCGAAUGUUGGGUGGUAGAAUGAUCAUGGAGAAAUGAAGGUUUUGCAGGCAAGAAACUAAGGGGAAGACCAAAAGCCCUGAAUAAAGCAGCUAAAAUAGUUUUAAAGAAGGCUAGAUACAAAAUAUGAGACUCGACAAGGAAGCUCAGUCUCACAUAGUUAGCAAGCCAAAUAAAAGGGUCAUGAAAAGCUGUUCAAAAUGUUUAAAGUCAGAGGCCCCUGAGAUGGCAAAAAACUUCUUCUCACGCUUGGUGCGUAAGUUCUCUAACAUGAACGCGCUGUGUACUUGUGUGAUUUAAAUCUAUGAAAAGACAAUUUUCAGAUGACGAUCGAAACACUGAAAAUGAACAGUAAACAAACGACAGAAUAAAAUCGCACCUCCUUCUAAACCUAAACCUGCCUGCGAAGCUUAACGUCCAUUGAAAAAGAAAUCCACUGUAAACAAUGCUCUUGUGCGCACGCUUUGCACAUUAACGACUACAUUAAGGCACUUUGAGAUAUUUAAACGAAAUAGAUUAACCUCUAAAGGCCUAUUAAUCCAAUAUAAUUAACGCACUGGUGAAAAUUGUAUACGACUCGCACAGUUGCGUAAACAAAGAGUCACUUUACGCGAUUAUCAAAGGAGAUAAUGGAAGUUGUCGUGUAGUAAAGAAAUAAAUUUCUUCUUCAAAUGGACAUAGAUUUUGGACUAUGUGUUGUGACAUAGGGAUGUAGCUUAAAAGAUUUUGUCGAGAAUUUUGGCUUAAAAAAUGACACCUUUCUGCUUAAGUGCUGCUAGCAUAGCCAAAAACAAAAGAAUUGAUAUUCACCUCUCUGAGAACAGUUUUUGCCAGAAUAAACUUUGAAAGGAGGGUUCUUUUAUGUCGUUUAUGUUCAGUUGCAGCGGCGGUAUUUCAUUGCGGUGUAGGCCUCGAAGUACGGACUGCGCGCGCAAAAUUUAUACUAGGUCUCUUUCCGCGAUCUUAUUUCCAUUUAAAUUCACAGUUUUCAAGAUACAAGCGGAUUGAUUCACAAAACAGUUUUAAAUACGCCCUCGCUUAACUUCCUUGUAAAUCAUUUGCAGGGAAUUUUGCUGUUAGAACUAUUCACUGGUAAGGUUUGUAUUUGGGGGAGGUACAAGUUUAAAAAUCACACCUUUGUGCGGUAAUUAUUAUUGCUACAAAGCAUUGUUAUUACUGAGUUGUGGUUAUUCGCAUAAAGCAAAUGAUAGGAUGGUAUAUUUUGUAAACUUUUUAAAUAAGGUAGACAAAUAUGUUCUAAAACUGCAAAACAGGGUCGUAAAGUAGUAUCGGCCUAAAAUACUGAAGCGUAACCUCAAUGUGUUUUUAAGAUUCUGAAGCAGUGCGGACAUCAUGCUGAUGCUUACCUGCUGGUAUAGAUUUCGGUAGCGUGCAGAAUGCAAAUUAAUUUCUUCUUUCUCUUUAGAAGUGUCUUAGCAAAGCGCGAAGGACCGACAUAAAGUGACCUGAGCGGCGCGAUUUUUUUUGGUCAUUUUGUAUCCAACCCCGUCACUUUUGCGCGAUGACAAAAAGAACGAUUGCGGGAGCCACUGCGGAUUCAUAUUGCAGUGUACUCGAUGAAAAAAUGAGCUUAACUUCUAAACGUAAAAAGGUUAAGAUUUUAGUUCACUGUCUCGAUGCUUAUAAUUGUGUAAUUAAGAACCUGAACCAAAAACAAAUUAAGUAAAAGACUGCUCUCAGCUCCGCAAGGACUAAAUUUGUACGAAGUUCAACUUCUCCCGUCGGUACCCUAGUGAAGCAUCAUUCUUCACAGCGCAAUGUAGCACUCCCUACUCCCCUGGUUCGCAAGUUUGUCGCGCCGAAGGUUUCCGAUUAUUCAAACAAACUUCGGCUUGGUCUGGGCAGGUGUCACCUGGAACAAAGGGCCUAUUGUUUGAACGUUAAUUGGCAAAUUCAGGUCGGUACAAUGGGCCACUUCUUGAAACGUUAACGCCAAGCUCCUUUCAAAUUUGUAAAGAAUUACAAAAGCCUUGCUGUGGAAGGGGGCCGGGAUGAUUAUCUUUUUUGGACGAAUGCCCAAAAUAUAUUUUUUUCAGCUGCCUAAACUAAACAAAUAUUGUUUGGGGGUUGAACUGGAUCCUGCGAUGAUUACUCCUGAAGCCUGAACUCCUGAGAAGUUAUAUACGAAGAACGACGAAGAAAUGUUAUAUGGUUUAAUCCACCAUAUAACAAAAACGUCAAAACCAACAUCGGACGUGCGUUCAUCAGCCUUAUUGAAAGAUCUUUUCCAGCGGGCCACAAACUGAGGAAAAUUUUGAACAGGAACACCAUAAAGCUCAGCUACAGCUGCAUGCCCAACGUCAAGCAAAUAAUCGAUGGCCACAACAAAGCCAUCCUGAAGAUAGCAGAAACAGCUCAACCACAGAAAGACGGAGGGAAAACGUGUAGCUGUUGGAAAAAAGAAGACUGCCUACUAAAUGGUGAAUGUCUGGUGAAUGAAGUUGUGUACCAAGCCACGGUCACAACCCGAGACAAAAAAGAGACAUACAUCGAUCUCACAGGUGCUCAGUUCAAGGCAGGAUACAGAAACCACCUGAUGUCAUUUAGACAUGAAAAGAGAAGGAAUGAGACUGAGCUCAGUGAGCACCUGUGGCAGCUAAAGGAGGCAAAUAAAGAAAUCGAUAUCACGUGGAAAACACUCGCCAAAGCAAAACCUUACACGAAUCUUACAAAACGUUGCAAUCUUUGUACCAUAGAGAAGUUCUUUUUAAUCUGUAGGCCUCACAUGGCAACACUGAACAAGCGCAACGAACUUGUCUCAACACAUAGACAUCGACGCAAGUUCAUCCUAAGGUUAAAUUAAACAUGUCAAAGCCAGAAAUUUUAGCGCGAGCAUUUGGUGUGACUUAGGUUUCGUAUAAGAGUUGUAGGCGAUUAAGAGAACGCGCGCGCUUUUCAUUCAAAAAUUUUAAAACAUUUAAAUUUUAAACGUUAUAUGUAACCGUUUUCAUCAUGCGGUCAUAUUAUUAAUGUAGACCCUAACGCUUCAGUGUAAUAAUGGAGUUUAACUGAUGAGUUAGUCACCUUUUCGGUGGCCUACGAAACAGAUUUGUAUUAAACACCCAGGCAUGCACUCAGGAUUUGAGUAGUUCACCUACUGGUCUACUAUAUAUAUAUAUAUAGGAAGUCUGUGUCUCGAUUUUUCCGUAGUAGAGUUCGAUAUGAUAGAAAUAUUGGAAAUAGGAUAUAUAUAUAUAUAUAUAUAUAUAUAUAUAUAUACUAAAAACAAUGAAAAACGAAAGUCUUCUUUGCUUUUGCGCUACGCGUUUCACCGCUGUUGCGGCUCUUCAGGCAUAGCAAAGUGUUUUUAUUAACUUAUUACGUCACAGACGUAAUUGUAAUUACAAUUAUAAUGGCUCUUGUAAUUCGUAGCACGCGCGAGCAAUUAGCGUAAUUUCAAAUCAUUGAGAACGGGUUUAUAUAUAUAUAUAUAUAUAUAUAUAUAUAUAUUUAUAUAUCUAUGUAUAAAACAACAACCUAAAAACAUCCUUACCUAAUGUAAAGUUCCCAUUUUCAUACAUAUGUCUAAUUUUGUCUUUUUGUCUGUUUCUUUUUUUUUGUUCAAUGUAGUCAUGGUACGAAAUGUGCUGGGAUCAUUGCUGGAAGUAACAAUACCGACUGUGGUAUAGGAAUCGCGUUUGAUGCACAAAUUGCAAGUAAGAAACAUAAAAGCUUGUUGGUGGAUUCACACUGUACUUUUCACCUGCACUCGAAGUACAUUUAAAGUGCAUUUGUGUGUGAACGUACGGGACUUGUUUCACUUGAAUAGUCGUAUUAACUUGCCACAGAAACCUUAAAACCUCAAAGUGCCGAAGUGCACUCUUAGGUGAAGGUCAAAACCUUCCUUGAGCCUGCACUCAUCCCAUCAAAGCGUCAGAAGCGUACAAAACCUUCCUUGAGCCUGCACUCAUCCCAUCAAAGCGUCAGAAGCGUAUUAUCAAAGUGGACGUCCUCUAAACAGUCGUAAGAUUUUGUUUUAUCAUUCGUUUGUUUUCAGACCGAACUGGACUCUUCUCAGUCUUCAGGUAUUGCACUUCACUCAGUCCUACUAAAAUUACAAACAUGUUUUUAUUCGGCAGGUUUGCGACUUUAUGACGACAACACGAAAUCUAGCGACCAAUCAGAAGCCAGGGCAUUGAGUUACAAAAGGGACUUGAUUGAUGUGUACUCUAACAGUUGGGGGCCUGGUGACAUGGGUUGGCAAGUGGAGGGACCAGGUCCUCGAUUAACGGAGGCUCUCGAAAACGGGACGAGAUGGGUAAGUGCUUCCGAAAAAUCUUGAUUAGCUUUGAUUAGCAUCUUACUACUGUAUAUUUAUUCUUUUUAUAUACCUAUUUUCUGUACAUUUUUUAUUUUAUUUGUAUAUCAUCAAUAGAUAGUUUAUCAGCAGGUCCACAUCAGCUUUAGAUGCCUUUUAUCAUAAUCUGCUCUACCAAAUAAACUAUGAAUGAAUGAAUGAAUUGGAAUCGAUUUGCCCGACAAUGUAGUCAAUUUGUAUAACCUGUUUCUUUAAUGUUAACGAGAGGCAUAUUAUUGUAAUGACUGGCUUGCUAGCGCAAUUCACGUUGGAAUUUACUGGACUGUUACGACGGAAACAAGUGCAGUUUUUGUGAACCAAGAAAAUUCUGUGAGCAGGGCCAAAGAGAUGCAUGAAUUUCGUGUUGUACUCUCACAGAAUUUUGUCUUAUUUCCUUCAUCAUAUCUACACAAUGUCCUGAUAUGGAUAGAGAAAACAAUUUUUUUUGGCGUGUUUUGAAGUGCCAAUAACAUUAACCAAUUACAAUUCGUAUUCCUAUGUUAGCUGUUAUUCUGCUAAAAUAGAAUAUUUUUUGACACAGGGCCGUCAUGGUAAAGGAUCCAUCUUUGUCUUCGCAGCAGGAAACGGUGGGCUUGCAGGUGACAACUGCGCAUUUAACGGUUACGCAAAUAGCAUUCAUACAAUUGCCAUCUCUGGAGUGAAUUGGGAUGGCAGGGUACCAGACUAUUCUGAGAAGUGCUCGGCCAUUGUGGCUGUGACGUACGGGCAGAAUGUGUUAACAUAUGGAAACGUUAAAGCUCCAAUCGUAAGUUACUUGUUUUACCCACGCUUUGUUUAUAGUGGAAAUGCACGUUGUUCAUCUAGUUUGUUUGAGAUAUGUCUCGGGUUGAACUGUCCAAAUGGAAGAUUCCGUGAGCAACAAAACUGCGAAAAACCACCGAAAUUAUGGGAAUUGAAAAAUUUUACCAAGAUUCUCGAAGAUAAUGGUUUACUGAAGGUCGUUGACGAGAGUGCGAAAUCUGCAAAAAUUACCAGGACACUGAAUUUUGCCAGGUCCUUGUUGAAAAUCAAAGAUGAUUUUAUGUUAUACUGAGCUUUCAACUAUAUCGUGGAAAUUCGUGUAUAGCAAUCACGAGUCAUAAAUCGCAAGGCCUUCCACACCCUGUGAACAGAGUCUCCUUUUGUCUUCUUGAGUUAGGAGGAGAAAAGAAGGCUCUGUCUGAACCGCGUCAAGCUUUAGAGGUCGCCAUAGCCCAAACUUCUGGACUAGUCAAUCUUCCUCUCUCUGCUUAUAUCUGCUUUUUUCGAGUGCGAGCAUCUGUUUAUUGAUAAACCGAUGGUCAUAACCUAGCACGCUGCAGCAAAUGCUCGUCUAUUAGGCCUGGGUCCGAAACUAUAUCCAAGCAACAUGCCGCACGUGCUCAACAAAGAUUCAUGCAGAGUCUCAGUUCUCGAAUACGACAAAGUCAAGCAAGCAAAAGAAAGGCGUUGCUGGCAGGGUGGGCGUCCCACUGAAACGGUGGAAAUUAAAGGGUCAUAGUUACCCUGCGAGCAGAGGCUACAUUUUCGCUUUGUGAGCUGUCGUGCGAAAAGUAGCAGUCUACUUUUCGCACGCCAGCUCAGACAGCGAAAAUGUAGCCUCUGCUCGCAAGGUAGGUCAUAGAAGGCUGUCAGCACAAAUUUACGGAAGAAUGCCAGCAAAGUUCGUGUCUAUCUUGUCGCCCUACUGAAACUGCGAAAAAAUCGCCAAAAAAUAACGAUAAUCGCGGGAAUUUGUUCAUGAUAUUCUUUUUGUGAAAUAAAAAAAUUAUUCGCCGAUGACGAAUCCAAUAUUAAUUUUGCUUAAUUAUACAGUUAUGUCUGACUGAGUCAGAACGGAAACUACCCUAAAAAUCCGAAAAUAAAGCCCUCGAUAUAUAAGCCCCCCAAAC